AACAUGAACUCAUCACAUAGCCUGAGUGAUGAACUUAACCCAUCAACCUACGGUGAAAAAAUCACUGUCCUGAGUAUUGAUGGUGGUGGCAUCAGAGGAAUAAUUCCUGCAACUAUUCUCAGUUUCCUAGAAUCCAAAUUACAAGAAUUGGACGGAGAAGAUGCUCGAAUCGCAGAUUAUUUCGAUGUAAUCGCAGGAACCAGCACGGGAGGUCUAAUUGCUGCCAUGUUAACCGCUCCUGAUGAUAAUCAAACCAAACGACGACCACUAUACAUGGCGAAAAAUAUAGUUCCAUUUUAUUUAAAGCAUUGUCCUAAAAUAUUUCCUCAGAGCUAUGGAAUGAUUAUGAGAAUCAAAGCUUUGUUGGGACCAAAGUAUGAUGGUAAGUACUUCAGAAAGCUAAUUCGGACAAUACUUGGGGAUCGAAGGCUACAUGAGACCGUAACUCGUGUUGUUAUUCCUACUUUUGAUAUUCAUUUGCUCCAACCCGCCGUCUUCUCAACUUUUGAGGCGGAGAUUGAUAGUUCUAAGGAUGCUUUGUUAUCUGAUGUUUGCAUCAGUACUUCUUCAGCUCCUACUUAUUUUCCUGCUUAUCAAUUCAAGACUAAGAAUUCUCAAGGAAAUGAUAGAGAAUUUCACCUUAUUGAUGGUGGAAUAGCAGCGAAUAAUCCUGCGUUACUGGCCAUGAAACCGACCGGAACAGUGUUCCCUGGUGAUCCCGCUUCGUUGCCGGAACAAACUCUGGAUUACGAGAAGUAUAUGGUGCUUUCGUUAGGGACGGGUACGUCAAAAAUUGAGAAGAAAUACAAUGCAAAAAUGGCAGCAAAAUGGGGAAUUCUAGGGUGGCUUUAUAAAGAAGGAAAAUCUCCAUUAGUUGAUGCAUUUACUUGUGCUAGUAGUGACAUGGUUGAUCUUCAUAUGUCUUUAAUUUUUCGAUCUAUUAGAUGUGAUCGCAACUAUCUUCGCAUCCAGGAUGACACGUUGAGUGGGGACACAUCUUCAACAGACAAAGCAACUCAGAAAAAUUUGGAGGAUCUUGUAAAAAUUGGUGAAAGGAUUUUAAAGAAACCAGUUUCAAGUGUUAAUAAAGAUAGUGGGAUUUUUGAACCAGUUGAAAAUGAAGGAACUAAUGAAGAAGCUCUUAUCAGAUUUGCAAGAAUUCUAUCUGAAGAGAGGAAGCUUCGUAAGCGGAAUUUAAAUGUGACCAGCAACUCAAGGCUAACUCAUGUUAAUUGACAUGCAAUUUGACCAUACACUAAACACGUUUCGAAACUGACUCAAAACUAAUUAAUUUAUUUCUUAAAUUAUCAUGUUUCUAUUAGUAUUAAUAAAAUGAA